AUGAGUUCGGGGCCGGGCGGCCGCAGAGGGCAGAGCGCAGAGCUAUCGAUGCGCGCGGCGCUCGAUUCCUCUUCAGACCGGCGUGCGGGGAGGGAGCCGCUGAGGGCGGUGUGGGAAGAGGGAAGCGAGGGAGCCUGCGAGCGCCGCCGGGGAGGCGGCGGAGCAGCGGGGGCCGGGCCGGUGGGGGAAGGAGGUGGCGGGCGGCGGUGGGUGGGGGAGCCGGGCCGGCCGAGCAGGGGGGGUCUGGGCGGCGCCUCGGCGGGGCGGGGAGGAGGCACCGCCGGACCCACGCGGCGGCCGGCCUCCGGGCUCUCGCCGCAGAGUCCAGCCCGCAACCGCAGACUCGGACCCGGGCCGGCGCGCAGUGGGCUACCCUGCCGCACCCUCUUCGGGUCUACUCGGACAAGCUUCGGAAAAUCCAGCGCCCCUCGGGGUCGGCUGCACUCGUGCACGUUCAUUUACUGUCAUUUACUGCAACACCUGGUACCAGGUAGAAGAGAGAGAAGAGAGGAAGUGGAAGACAUGAACGGGAAAAGAAUACACCUACUCUAUGUCAAGUCGUUGACGUCCAGUGAAAAGCUAAGAUACAGGAGUUUGUGAAUGUACCAAAAUAUACGAGGACCAGCCAUUCAGAUGCUGAAGACCCAGAAGAGUUUCUUGGUUUUCACUGCAAAGGAUCUUGAAGUACUUUACAGACAUUACUUAACUGAAUUUCCCAGAAUGCCAAGGAAAUGUUUCUAAAUACAAUUUUUUGUGCGUUUUGCAGACAGUUGAACUGACAGGGUGGCAGGACUUGUCCUGGCUUGAAGACGAGCUGUGAGCAAAAACAAAGAACUAUCAUGUAUUUAUUAUGGCUAGAAACACACCACAAAUCUUCCUUGACUUAUAUCCUAAUAAACCCAUCCUUAAUUGAAAA